AAGCCAUUGCAGAUGGAGAAAUUCCCGAACAAUUGCAUGUCAUGAAAAAGGAAAUUAUAAAAAAAUGUUGUGGUCUACCACUAGCUGCAAGUGUAAUGGGAGGUUUAUUGCGCAUGAAGGGAAAAGAGGAGUGGCAAUUGAUUUUGAAGAAUAAGCUUUCAAUUUUGAGUGGAGAUGAAGAUGGUGUCAUGGAAAUACUUAACUUGAGUUUUGAUUGUUUACCAUCUCCAUCCAUUAAGAAAUGUUUUGCAUAUUGUUCUACAUUUCCCAAGGAUACUGGGGUAGAAAGGAAUAUGCUUAUCGAACUUUGGAUGGCAGAAGGCUUCCUCCAAGCAGAUGUCAACAGCCAAAUGAUGAUGGAGGAAAUUGGAAUGAAUUAUCUGAGAAUUUUAUUGCAAAGUUCAUUGUUUGAAGAAACAAGCCAUGUUCGGGGAACAUAUUAUAAGAUGCAUGAUCUAGUGCAUGACCUUGCAGAAUCAGUGUCAAAGUCUACUAAAGUCAUUAACUCAGAGACUCAAUUAGUAGACAAUAGUAUUCAAGUUCGUUACCUUGCAAUAGACUCAUUUGGAGAACACACAAUGAAACUUCUUGAAAGUCUAUCAACUUCGCUUCAUACAUUGUUUAUAAGGAAUAGCUUGUUUGGUGAUCACAUGUUACGGAAAUGGUAUGUUAACUUAUUUGGUGGUGGUAUGUUAAAGAAAUUGAAGAACUUGUAUGUUUUGAAUUUGUAUUGUGCCCAAAAUGAGGAGCUACCAAUCACAAUUGACAAACUGAUACAUUUGAGAUAUAUUGAAUUUUUUGGUUUCUGUGGUAAAAGUUUGCCAAAAUCUGUUUGUAAACUUUAUAAUUUGCAGACACUGAGGCUAAGUGAAUGCAUUGAUCUAAAAGAAUUUCCAAAGGGGAUGUGCAAUUUGAUUAACUUGAGACAUCUCCACUAUUACAAUCCUAAUGAAAAAUUUCAAAUGCCACUGAAUAUGGGACGAUUGACUUGCCUUCAGACGCUAGAGUUCUUUAACAUGGGUCAAGAGAAGGGUCGACAAAUUGGAGAGUUUGGAUGCUUGAAAAACCUCAAAGGCAGAUUGGUGAUACGCAAUCUUCAACUAGUAAAGGGUAAAGAAGGAGGUGAGGAAGCAAAUCUAUCUGAAAAGAUAAAUCUAUUCAGCUUACGACUUGAGUGGGGCCGGGAUCGAGAAGGCGACAACUACGGCGAAGAAGAUGUGUUAGACGGCCUUCGACAUCACCCAAAUUUGGAGGAGUUGGCAAUUUCAGGCUUUAUGGGCGAUCAAUUUCCUUGAUGGAUAAUGGUUUUGCCAACAACACUCCCCAAGUUAGUGAGUUUGGAGUUUAAUUACUGCUCUAGAUGCAGAGAACUCCUUCCCUUGCAAAACUUUACGUCUCUUAAGGAGCUGGUGAUUUAUGAUUGCAGUGGGUUGACAGAUCUGUUCGGUGACAUAUUACACUCUUGUACCUCUCUCCAAAGGCUUAGUGUGAGUUGUUGCAAGAAUCUUAUCCCCUUUCCAAUUGAUUUGCAACAGACGCCUUCUCUUUUGGAGCUGGAAUUAUACCGGUGUCCCAAACUGAAAACAAGUAUGACGCCUAAAGGAUUUGGUUUCCUAACCAGCUUAAACUGCCUUGUAAUUGGUCCCUUCUCAGAUGAUAAUGAUCAUGAAAAUUCUUCAAUUUACAAUGAAUUUGAUUGGUCUGGUUUGAUAUCCUCCUCCUAUUCAUCAUCAACACUUCGUGAACUAAAAUUAUAUGGGUUGCCACACAUGGAUUCGCUGCCAUUUCUGCUCCAAUACUUGACCACCCUCAUAUCACUAUCGCUACAUGACUUUGGAGGUAUAGAAGCUCUACCAGAUUGGCUCGGAAACUUUACAGCUCUUGAGUACCUGGAUUUAUCUGAUUUCAAAAAGCUUCGACAUUUACCCUCUGACGAUGCCAUGAGACGCCUCACCAAAUUAAAGCAUUUGCGGGUUUUUUGUUCUCCUCUCUUAAAAGAAAGAUGCACUCCUCAGAGUAGUGGCCCUGACUCCCAGUGGUCCAAGGUUUCUCAUAUUCAAUACCUAGACAUCAGUAGUGGUUAACAGUUCAUCUUCAAAUCUGGUUAACAGUUCAUCUUCAAAUCAAAUUCUAUCAUAUAGCCAACACCUGAUAUCCUUAUCGUCGGAGUUUGCACACUAUCAAUCUGCUGUUUCAGUCACCAGAUCUAGAAAAAGUUUUCGGUCAGUGUUUUUGAUUGCUCAAGACUAUCAGCUGGCCUGUACGAGCUGCUUGGAAAAUAUUCUUGCCCCAAAUUAUCGGAUGUUUUUGGGGAGCCAUCAUCACCAGGAGUUUCUGAUGAUCCUUAUUUACAGUUUGAUGAUCAUUACUAGAGAAACAGAUUGACCAUUAGAGGUUUUGCUAACUUUCAAGAAUUAUCCGCAGUGUAUUAGGCUCAAAUCUCCUCGGAGACUUCGGUGGCUUAAUUACUUCAAUACCUGUCAAUAUGCUGUUAUUCCUUCUUCAACCACAUCAUUUUCAAACUGGUGACAAUUGUAGAGAAUGCACUCUCUUUUGCUUCUUAGUGACUGAGAUGGAUAAAGUUUGAGAUCAACGUUGUGAAUGUUGUGCCGUCAAACUGUCGGUCAUGAUAUGAGCCAUGAAGACAAUGGUCAAUCAAGGAGUUUUCACAGCUUUUGGUCAAAACUUCGGCGUUUUGGUUCAAAAUUCUGAAAUCGUCAUUGUGAAGAUAUUGUUGAGGUAGCCAAGGAAGAUUUACCGUUCAUGCAAUGAAGUUGCACAAAACUUGGUGGAGUAUCUUCCAACAUGGUCAAGUCUAAGCAGGAUGUUUUGAAGCAUUUC